AUGAUGCUCGCUGGUCUUAAGGAGAUGCUUCCAGGGCAGCAGAAGCCUCCUCCUCCUUCACAGACCCCUGCUCCCCAGGGGGCUCAACAGGGGGCUCAACAGGGGGCCCCGCCCCAGCAGGGGCCCCCCCAAGAACAGACAGAGAAUAGACCAGCAGAAGGAGAGAUAAAUGCCCCUGUACAAGAAGGAGAAGAACCCCUGGAUGAGGCGGAGGUAGAGAAGAUGUUAUUUGAUGAAUAUUUAGGCCGUCGCUCCCGUCGUUGUCGUAUAACAUUUCAAUUAUAUUUUCAAGAAUUAUAUGACUUUGAAUUGGCAUUUAUAAAAUGGCGAGGAAGAGGUCUUUGUUCCUCUAAUUAUCUACAAAGAAGGGUAUUUAGUUGGGCAAGCAUGACACCAUCUGCUGCAGCAGCAAGCCGUCGUGGUACCUCACGAGUAGGAGCAGAUGCAGGUACAAUACAAGGUGUAUACAGAGCUGAGUCAGCAAUGUUAUCAGCAGUAAAGAGUAUAGCUUCCUUGAAGACAUUACGUGAAUUAUCUAAGACAAGCAGACAAUUAUUAGAGGCAGGAGGAGGGGAAGGAGAUCAACAUCAGCAGCAGCAGCAACAACAGCAGCACCAUCAUCACGAAGGAGAAGAAGAAGAUAAUAGUUAUACAGAAUUACUGCAGCAACAUAUGCAAACCCUAAUAGCAGCAGAUCAAGACGCAGAGGCGGAUAACUUAGCAGGCUUUGAUCCAUUAGAGAUGGGUACAACAGGAGGAGGAGGAGGAGGAGGAGGAGGAGGAGGAAAUGGAGGAGGAAAUGGAGGAGGAAAUGGAGGAGGAAAUGGAGAAGAUAAUAGUCCUUUAUUAGCUCAAAGAUUAUUACCAUUACCUAAAUUAAGUCUACGUCUCCUCCAUUCCUCCUCACAAAAUAGAGGACUAACAAUUACAGCUACUGAGCAAGUUGAAACAAAUUUACCUUCGUGGGAUAAUUUAGGAGAAUUAUAUUUCCGUGGUACUCUUAGAGAUCUAGAUAGUACUUAUUUAGAG